GUCACUACAUUCCUGAAAAAAUUGAAAUAACAGGUUUAUUUUUAGACCACACAUAUUGGCGGCAUAUUUUUGGAGACAAUUUUAUUAAUUGUCAGUUUUUCCAGUUUUUGUUCAAAAUUGUAGUUAUUGUUCAUGUAUCGAUUUUUUACAUCGCCGCCAGAGAAAUUCAUGUUAUUCUCUUUCGCGUCACCAUAUAUAGAAUAUGCGUGAUGCUUAUUUGCAUCUCCACUUAGAAAUUUAUGCUCAGAGUUUGUUUCCUUCGAUGGUUCAUUCUUCACAUCUUUAGGUUUUCCGUUUUCCUUCGUUGGUGAAAUAAUAAUCGACGACAAAAUGUCAUUAUUCAUGUCUUCUUUCCUCUCGUAUUUGCAGGCUUGUAAUGGGCUUUGAUAGGGAUCAUUACAAAUCGCUUUGAUUACCGGCAGUGAUACGUCGCUGUCGCUUCCAAAUAUGGACCAUCCUCCAUCGGAACUUAAUACUUAAUAUUUUAUAUUACUAUUCAUAAUAGAAAUAUUAAAAAUUAUAGCUAAAUACAAUGAAUAGUUUUAAACAAAGUACCAGUACUACGCCAAUAAGCAAACUAAUUUUUGUAUAGCAAUAUAGUCAAUAGUUGCCUGGUUUUCUAUUCGUAUUAACUUAACAUUAACAAACGAUUUAUUUUUAACCAGUAAAUAAAAUAAUUAUUUUUGUAUUAGACUUGUUGAAUAUUCUAGAUUCGUCCAGGAAAUAAUAAGUAAAUACAAUAUGUGGUGCUGUAUAAGUGUAACUAUAAAUUUAAGUGUACCUCAGUUUACAAGAAAAUCGGCGUUUAGUAUACCUACCUCGUUUUGAAAAACUAGUUCAACUAAAAUGGACAAUUUAUCUAUGUUGAAUUGAAUAUAUCUAUCACUCAGAAUAAUUUUUAACGUGUCUGAUCCACCAUCCAACUCAAACUAAUCGCCGCCUAUUCUUCUUAAUUUGAAUUUUGAUUAAAGUGUAAAUAAUUCAUACACAGAUAUCUACGUUAUCCUCUUAAAUGUGUUUAAUUUGCGUUGAGAACUUGUACAUAGAUAAAUUGAUUACUAACAUAUUAAUAAAUCAAUGUUUAAUUUGAUCAGGGCGUCCAGACAUAUUUGUUUGAACACGCAUCAAAAAGGGGAUAAUGUAGAUGAAAGCAUUGCGAUGUUUUGGAUAAAAUAUCGAUAACAAUACAUAUUACAUAUCAGAAGAAAAAACUUGUCACAAUUAUUUUAUUAAAACAGCACACUGCGAAAGUACGAAACACUACGGGAAAAUUUAUUCCACAGAUACUGUUCCGUGAAAAUAUUAGUAAAUUAGAUAAUUCUUAUAAAAACGCGUUCCGACGAUUUUUGUCUAUCGAAAAACGAUUGGGUCUAAAUACAGAAUUAUAAAAAGAUUAUCAAGAAUUCAUGUUUAAAUAUCUACAUUCUACAUCUUGGUCAUAUGAAAUCCGCAGCGUAGUAUGGCGGAAGAAUCAGACAAUGAACCUGUGUUUAUUUUCUACCACAUUAUGCUGUAAUCAACGAUAAUAGUAGCCCCACUUGUCUGUCCACACCCCAUAGUAUUCGCGGGUCUACUAAAACGGGCUGCAACUUGUUUGCGCACAAUCCAUAAUUUUUACCUGAAAAAUCGGAACUCGUUUGCGCACACGGUUAUAUUAAAUGUACAACUGGUUUGCGCACACGAAAAUAAUACAUGCCUGUAUCGGCUAGUCGCGCGGUAUAAAACCCGGUGUAUGUUAUCGGCCUUAUCGUGGUUUACGACUAUCAUAAACCAUAGUGUUAUACAAACGAUAUAAUAUAGACCUAACGCCUAACCUAUAUUUAUUGAACAUGGAUUUAGAAAUUAGUGAAGUUUUUGAAUCGCGACGAGGAAAUACUUGUAUUAGUAUAAAUAAUUUUAAACUCACUAAAUAUCGUGUUUUAAAAAGUGGUGAUUUUUAUUUUCGUUGUACCAAUAAAAAAUGCAAUGGCUUGUAUGUUGUAAAUAAACUAUACACCAAAGUAAUUCAAGUUAUAAAUGAUCAUAGUAAACAUAGUGAGUAUUCAGCAAAUGAAAUUGAAAAAGAGAUGAUUCGCAGUGUUGUGAAACGUAAAGCUGAAACAGAGCUGCACAUACAACCGAGUAAGAUAAUAAGACAAACACUUAAUUUAAACCAAGGUAAUAAUCUUAAACAUAGUGAUAUUCAUUUACUAAGAAAUUCUAUGUAUGCCGCCAGAAAAAAACAGUUUCCAACUCUUCCAAAAAAUAUAAAUGAAGCAAUUAAUCAGAUUAGGGAAAUGCAAGAAAAUUUGUUAUUUAAAGGCGAACAGUUUAUUUAUUUAAGUAAAGACGAAAAUGUAGUAAUUUUAACUUGUCCAAAAAAUUUAAGUGUCUUAUGCAAUGCUCAACACGUUUUUGGAGAUGGCACAUUUGAUUAUUGUCCAAAAUUGUUUAACCAGUUAUACACGAUCCAUAUUUAUCAAAAUCAUUUUUAUGUGCCGGUAAUUUUUUGUUUUUUGAAGAGUAAGUCAAUUUCAACGUAUAAUACAAUGUGGAUAACAAUUCAGGAUCUUUGUGUUCAUACGCUUAACCAAGAACUAAAUAUUAAAGAGUUUCAUGUAGAUUUUGAGAUAUCCGCACACAAUGCUUUACUAAAUCUUUAUCCCGAUUGUAAAAUUGUGGCUUGUACUUUUCAUUUAGCUCAAAGUUGGUUUCGGCACAUUCAAAGUAACAAACAAUUAUUACUUGAGUAUAACAACAAAAAUUCCAAUAUUGGCAAUUGGCUUAAAAGUUUUUUUGGUUUGCCGUAUUUACCUCCAGAAGAAGUAAAAGAUGCCUUUACACAAUUAAUAUCCGAUUGCCCAACGUCAGAUUUUUCAUUUUCCGACUACGUUCUUGAAACAUAUAUAAUUCCCGAUUCAAAAUUUAAUCCUAAGUUAUGGGCAGGACAUCCAAAAGACGAACCUCGAACUACGAACGGUGUAGAAGCAUUUCAUAGACAUUUCAACCAACAAUUUUACACUCCACAUCCCCACAUACACCAGGUAAUAGACGUAAUUCUUAAAAUACAAAGCGAAACAGAAUUAAAAAUAACAUCAAUUAACAAAAAUAUAAAUAAUUAUCGUCGUAAGGAGUCAAUAGAAUCAGUUGAACAUCGCAUAAACUUAUGGACAAAAUAUACAUCUGGCGAAAUAGACCAAAUUAAAUACAUUCAAAUAAUGGGAAACUGUUAUUGCAAAAAAUAA